GUGGCAGCUCCUUGGCAACAACUGUUUACUUCCGCUUUUAGCUGCGUUUGGAGAACAACACAUUAGUGCAUUUAUUUUACUAUUACACCUGCUUACAGAAACCACCAAGAUGUCAGACUUAGGAUCAGAUGAAAUGGAAGAUGAGCAGCACCCAUAUAUUGGGGAGUAUGAGGGAGGACGAAAUGAAAAUGAUGAACGUCAUGGAUUUGGUAAAGCCACUCUGGCAAAUCAAGAUACAUAUGAAGGAAUGUAUGAAAAAGGAAAAAGAAAUGGACAGGGAACAUACAGAUUUAGAAAUGGUGCCAGAUAUAUUGGUGAAUAUUCACAGAAUCAAAAACAUGGUCAGGGGACAUUUAUUUAUCCAGAUGGUUCAAAAUAUGAAGGAAACUGGGUUAAGGAUCAAAGAUGUGGUUUUGGUAAAUACACAUAUGUAAAUGGUGAUACAUAUGAAGGAGAAUGGCAAGAUCAUUUACGGCAUGGUCAAGGCACUUACACAUAUGCUCAAACUGGUACAAAAUAUGUUGGACGAUGGGUUCGAGGAAAGCGGGAAGGACAUGGAGAGCUUAUUCAUGCAAAUCAUAAAUAUGUUGGUGUGUUUAAAGAAGACAAGCCACUAGGAAAAGGAAAAUAUGUUUUUGAUAUUGGUUGUGAACAACAUGGAGAAUACAUACACAUUGAACAGGAAAAAGAAGACAAAGCAGCUGAUGACGAGGAAGCAUCACCAAAUGUAACACCAAAAUGGAAUGCUGGUCAGGUGACAGCUAUCCAUCUACAGACGGAGGAGGAAGAGAGAGCAGAGGAAGAAUCACAAGGAGAACAACAAUCUGAAGAACAGCAGGGAGAACAACAAGGAGAACAACAGAGUGAGCAGCCAUCAGAACAACAACCAGAACAAACAACAGAGAGUAAAGAAGAGAAGCCUGCUGAAGAACAGCAACAAGCAGAAGGUGAAGAAAAGGAAGCAGAACCUGAACAAACACAAGAGGAAGAAAAAACAGAGGAACCAACUCAGGAACAAGCAGAUGAAGAUUGAUCUUAAUCUAUCCUAUAGUAUUCAUUAAAUAUUGACAUUAUUACUCAUUUUGGUGAAAAUGACAAAAAAUUUAAUAAGUGAAAUGGAUUCAUAUCAUAUAAACCAAGAGUGCGCUUUACAAAGAAAUGCUAUUUUACUGUGAUAUCAAAUUGUUGUUCUCCUUAGGCAUCUCAAGUUUACUUUGUAAAUUUAUCAUUGAAUUUAUUAUAUUAUUUUAUUAAGAAUAAAUGUUAUACACCUGU